UGAACGGCCUGAUCAGUCCGGCCGUAGCUUAUAAAUAGGCUGAAGCUGCAGGGUUCGCCUAAACGCCGCAGCGGCCUUAGUGAGGGUGGCCUUGAGGGUGAUCGAGGAAAGAUGAAGCGGACUGUGGCUUUGUACCCCGCCCCAGGCAUGAGCCACCUCAUCACCAUGGUGGAGCUCGGCAAGCUCAUUCACCUCCGCCUCCACCUCCCCGUCACCGUCCUUAUCGCCUCUCCUCCCUUCAACCUCGGCGACACCACCCCUUACGUCAAGGACGUCGAGUCCUCCGAUCUCGGCAUCUCCUUCCACUACCUUCCCCAGCCGUUCGAUUUCUCCCCUCAAGAUCACAAUGCCCAGCACCACGAGCUUCUUGUCUUCAAAUUCCUCAACGCCUGCAGCCCCCACGUCAAGGAUGCGUUGGAGCUCAUCUCCAAGUCCUCUACCAUCCUAGCCACUGUCGUCGACUUCUUCUGCAUCGCCUCCGUGAGCGUCGCCGCUGCCAACCUGGGCUUACCCGUGUAUGUUUACUUAAUUUCCCCUGCUGGAGCACUAGCAUCGCUCUUGUAUUUCCAAGAGCAGCACCGCCAGACCGACCUCAGCUUCCGUCGUCUCAACGAAGAUCUGCACAUCCCCGGCAUCCCCCCAUUGCCUUCCCUGGACAUGCCUCCUCCGACACUGGAUCGCGAAGAAACUUACUACUGCUUUCUCGAGGUGUCCUCCCAGAUGAGUCGGGCCCACGGGAUCAUAGUCGACACCUUUGAUGCGCUGGAGCCACGGGCGCUUCGAGCAAUCCGGAACGGCCUGUGUGUACCGAACGGACCCACACCCCCAGUGCACGGAAUCGGACCUGUGAUAUCCGCCUGGAAGCGGGCAGAACGCGACGACCAGUGCCUCAACUGGCUGGACUCCCAGCCAGACUGCAGCGUGGUGUUCUUGUGCUUCGGGAGCCUGGGCCGGUUCUCCGUCGACCAGCUCGGGCAGAUCGCAGAUGGGCUGGAGCGCAGCGGGCAACGGUUCCUUUGGGUGGUUCGCGGCCCAGCCAGCGGGUCAGGACCGGCUCUUGUGUCGGAAGACCCAGACCCUGACGCGCUGCUGCCACAAGGGUUUCUGGAGCGGACUCGAGGCAAGGGGCUGGUGGUCAAGUCGUGGGCGCCGCAGGCAAGGGUGCUGAGCCACGGUGCGGUUGGCGGGUUCGUGACGCAUUGCGGGUGGACCUCGGUGCUGGAGAGCGUUUGUGCAGGCGUGCCCAUGGUCGCCUGGCCGCUGUACGCAGAGCAACGCAUCAACCGGGUUUUGCUGGUAAAGGAGCUGCGUCUGGCCGUUGUCAUCCAGGAGGGUCCCGACGGUCUGGUGGGCGCAGCCGAGGUAGAGAGAUGCGUGCGGCUGCUGGUGGACUCAGAGGAAGGGGCUGCACUGAGGGAGCGAGCAGCAGCGGCCAGGGAUGCGGCAGCCACAGCAAUGAAGGAAGGCGGGUCUUCGUGGGCCAGCCUAGCGAGGUUGGGUGAGGAGUGGGAGAGCAGGGCGAGCACAAAAUGAACGGCGAUUUUGUUGCCUCGAGGAUCUGAAAUUCUGUUUGUCCAAAAAGGUGUGCUCAGUAGGUUCUUUUCAGUAUCUAAAGAAGCGGACUCUCAUUCAUCAUCUUACAUUUAUUAGAUCACCAGUUUUCAAUUGGGCAGGCUCUUUUUAUGUUGUUAGGUUAUUGGUGCAUGUUUUAUCAAAGCAAGGCUAAAGAGUGUGGUUUUUGUAGUUCAUUUUUUUUAGCAAGCAUCUAUUAAUAAGUUUUCUAGGAAAAAUGGGAAACGAAAUCCAGAAAGAUGUAGCAACCAGCAGAAGUUACGUCCUUGAAACAGAAGUGUGGCAUUCAGAAUAUCAAAAUAGGCAAGCUUAAACUUUUCUUAUUUGACAAA